GGACCCCGACCAGACUAUCUUGCCACAAACCACAAUCAGUCAUAGGACACCAGGAAACCAGGAGCAUGUUCCUAUCCUUCCAGCACACAAUAUGGAUAGCAUUUCCAAAAUCAUAUCUGAAAUGAAAAGCAACUCUCCACUUGUAACUGGCAGUAACCCAUCUCCUGCAACACCAAUGGGCAGAACCUUGACCACAGCAAAACAGGGUGGCACACUUCAACAUGACCAUUCUGAGACCAAACUGCCUACAGGAAAUGUCCCUAACAGUAGCCAGUUUUCCUCCUCUAUGGGAGACUUCCUGCAUAUGUUUAACAAAAGUGCAUGUGAAGCUCAGGGUGUUCCUUUCAAUAAUAAAAGACCCUUUCUAGAAUGUAAGGAAGAAGUUAAAACACCAGAUAAUAAUAAUAUAGCCAAAUUAUCCCCUCUCCCGUCAAAAGUAAAUAUUUCAAGCAAAACUCUGGAUCAGAAUCAAAAAAGUACAUCAGAAAUUGAAGAUGAGGAAAGAUUCUUGUAUGGUGAUGAAGAUAAUAAGAAUGCCAUUUCCAAGAAGGUGCCGUCUAGCCAAAAUCCCUCUGUACCUGCACCUGCCGCUGCUCCCAACAAGCAGGAGUUUGAAAAGAUCCAUGAUCUGCUGAAGACAAUCGGUUUGGACAUUGGCGUUGCAGAAAUCGGAAAUCUCGCCGUCCGAACUCGAGAACGGCUUCAUGGAAAGAAAUUUGUACCGAAGAUGCUGCAAGCUCCUACAAAAGAGCUCCCACAGGGUGGGGCCAGCACCAGUCCUGCUGACCCCAAACUAAAAACCUCUAAGCCCCCUGUUAAAACAGGGAAGGAUAAAGAACUUGCUGAACCACCAGCAAAGAUAGAGAAAACCGCCAAGCCAGUUCAGCCGGUUGAAGAGCAGACGCCACCAGUACCCCAGAACACAGAACCUACCACCAAAGAGAAAGCGCCUCCACUAAUAAAGAAGCCAGUCCCCAAAGAGCAGGCUGUACCAUCACCCAAAGUCGAAAUACCCGUGCAGCCACCCACCAUUAGCCCUGUGCCGGAGCCAAUGUCUCCUGCUCCCCAAAUUCCCAUGUAUCCUACAUACAGUCCCACAUCAAUGGUACCUGGGUAUUCAAUGCCGCCCCCACCGCCACCCCCAAGCUAUAAUCCCUACUCGCCCUAUCCUACGUAUUCUUCAUCCAACUGGCCGAUGUAUCCACCAGUCCAUAUGCCUGCCUCUAUGGCUUCUCCCCAAAUCUACAACCCAUGUAAUUUACGGGUUAUAGAAACCACUAAAGACGUUAUCACAGAUGAUGCCAGACGAUUAGUUGCUGUAGAUGUAGAGGAUAAACUACUGUCCAAACAGAGAGCCAAUCUCCGAAGCGAAACUGAGAAGAUCAAAGUCAUGGUGGAGCUGUAUGAGCUUAAGAAAGAGCAUAAAGCCAAGAACGUGAACCUGCAGACACUGAGAUCAAAGGUGGAGCAGCUACGGCUCCAUCAAAUACUUCUGAUGCAGAAGAAGCAAAAGGAGAUGGAUGGUCAGAAGGACCCUCUACUAGAAGAACUGAACUCUGUUAUGUCGAGUGCCGAGAAGCAGAUUACUUCCCUGUAUGAAGAACUCGAUGAAACAAAAGAGAAGUGGCAGAAGCUCAUUAAGGUGGCAGAGAUCCUAGGUGCCAGCCCAACUGAGUUAGCUGUGCCUAGAAAAUGGGCCCUGGGCCUUGCCUCUCCUGUGUUUUCAAGGGGUACUGAUAGUGAGUUAAAAGCGAGUAUUGACUCCAAGGCUAAGACUAAAUUGAAGAGCAGCAGUGACCCAGUGUCUAAGAGUGACAAACACAAAAGAGGCUCAAAACCUGGUUCUGACAGUAAAUCAGGGGCAGUCCACUCAUCUGCAAGUUCUUCAGACUUAUCCAGCAGUACUGUGAAGUCAGACAGAGAUUUCAAGCAUAGAAGCACCCCGCCGAAAUCAGGCUCUGAGUUGCAUAGAAGCACCCCGCCGAAAUCAGGCUCUGAGUUGCAUAGAAGCACCCCGCCGAAAUCAGGCUCUGAGUUGCAUAGAAGCACCCCGCCGAAAUCAGGCUCUGAGUUGCAUAGAAGCACCCCUCCGAAAUCAGGCUCUGAGUUGCAUAGAACCACCCCGCCGAAAUUAGGCUCUGAGUUGAAAGACCAAUCGGAGGCCAGACCAUCUUGCUCCUCGAAGACCGAUGAUGGUUUAAUGUCGCGAGACAAGUCCAGGUCGAAAAGCCCAAGGCCCAGUGCACCGCCUUCCAAGACGUCCCCUAAGCGCGAGGAACCAGAACCCGUUAAUAAAAGUGAAAUAUUUGAAUAUUAUGAUUGUGGUGGACAUUGGUGUGAGGACUGCAACAGUAUCUUCAUGACUCUGCCGGAGUUCCUCCUGCACUUGCAUGAUAAAAAGCACUCUCAGAACUCGAAAGAGCAGAAAAAGCCCUGGGAUAAAAAUAAAGCUGAAAAUUCCGUUCGGAAACAGAAAGUGAAUUUUCCCCUGAGAGGUCCUGAGUUCAUGGUCCCAACUUAUGGAUACUACUGUGAACUAUGUGAAGAAGUCUUUCCAGAUUACAAGACUGCUGGGGAGCAUCUCAAAGCUUAUGCACACAAUGCACAGUACAAGAAACACAUGAAUGUGAACAGCAGUUAUGAAAUAGAGCGUCGUGAGAGGAAGAAAGAAGGCUUGUUAGCUGCUCAGGAGGAAGCUCGCAAACAGAUGGAGCAAAAACGCAAAGCUACGGAGAAAAAUGAGCCCCCCGAGCAGAACAAAUCUAAGAAGGCGAAAAGAGAGGAACAGAACGAGGAAAGAAAUGGCAAAUGUAAAUCAUUUCCUUCACCAGCCAAGUCUGAUAAUAAAGGAAAUACUACUCCAGAUAAGGAGCCAGUUAAAUCCUCUACUGUCGGGAAGUUUGUCUGGAAGACCUCAGAGAAUAAAAGCCAAAUUGUUAGUAGCGCAUCAAAAAUUGAGAGUGCUGCUAACAAGGAUAAAGACGAUGAUGCAAAGGGUCAUUCUGUGAAGGCAAAGGGGAUUGAAAUCAAAUUAUUGGGUAAGCCCAGUAAUACACAAGGUAGUCCUCGAAAUUCAACCCUCUCCUCCAACUCUUCUUCCUCCUCCAUUAAUUCUAGCACUUCAGCUAUCUCCACAUCCACCACAAGUUCCUCUACUGCUAAUUCUACUUCUACAACUUUCACAACACAAACUAAAGUUCGACCCAAUCUGCCAGGUCCUACCACCCACCGAAGAACUCCCUCCGUGGUUACAGUAAGCAAACCGGAUCCUCUCGAUACUUUCUUGUCUAUAAAAUCUUCAAGCACCUCAUCAAAAGCUAUUCCUAUAUUGAAAGGUAAACCACAACCAGUUUCCACAGUCCUAACAACAAAGGAGACCUCUAGCAGUGACAAAACGAACCAAGACAAUACAGUCUUACUAACAAUUAGGGAAUUGGAGAAAAUUAAGGAAUUGGAGAAGAACAAGCAAUUGGAAUUGGAGAAGAACAAGCAAUUGGAAUUGGAGAAGAACAAGCAAUUGGAAUUGGAGAAGAACUUGGAAUUGGAGAAGAACAAGCAAUUGGAAUUGGAGAAGAACAAGCAAUUGGAAUUGGAGAAAGCUCGAAAAGAGUGUUAUGACAUGCUGUUCAAUAAAACGAUAGUUACUGUUGGUCGUAAUGCCGAGGCUAACAAAGGAAAAGAAACCGUAGCACCCACAAAACUGAUGAGUUCCGUCUCUCGGAACAGUAGUGUCAAUUCCAGCCCAAGUAAUUCUGCCUCUUCUGCCAACCCUUCACAUAAAGGUACCAGUAAUCCCAGCAUACUCUUACAAAAACCACGUUCUGUAACUGUCCAGCAUGUGCAGGGUACAAAGUCUUCUAGUCAAACUUCUAGCAAUGUGGCACCUGUCGAAACAAGUGACCCUCGAGGUAGCUGGACACCUGUCAAAAUGGAGUCAACCAAAGCAGCAACCAUUUCAAGUAGUUCAACAAACAGCACAUCACAAGCUGAAAAAGGCAAGGAUUGCAAAGCUUCCAAUACGCCACUGGCUAGUAAGCCUGGGAACACCCAUUCACAAGAGAAAGAAAUAAAGAUCAUUUCACAAAAACCUGCAGAAACCAAGGCACCUAGUAAACCAGAACAGAUUACUACCCAAUUCACCUCUCUUUCAAUGAACCCAGUGACUGGUAAACUGGAAUAUAUUCCUUUGUAUGAACAAAUGAUCAAUAAGGAAACCACUGCCCUAAAACCAUCAGAGAACAAGCCUGUUGCAACUACUGCUCCAGGUUUGAAUCCAACUUCAGUGCCUGCUGUGAAGCCAAAUCCCACUUACAAUGCUACUGCCAAACUCAACCAAAAAUUUAAAAGUGCACCUCUGUCUCUGCCAUCUUCAUUCUUUGGCCAUGUACCAGAUCUAGGGUAUAAAGAUAUUAAAAUAUCAUCUGCCAGAGCCCAGAACUCCAGUACUCAACCAGAGAAUUCUGCAGCGGGUCAGCAGACCAUUGAGAAGGAAAAGGUGACCACCAAUUUGUCUGCUAAAAUGAGUCCCGCUAAAGAUCUGCAGCAUGAACUGGACUCCUAUUACAUGCAAAUAGCUACAGAAGACAAUCCUGAAGACUUAACAACUUCUGAAGAUCAAGAAAUGGAAGCUCCACCAAUUGUCUGCAGUGGUCCUGUCCAAAUAAAAGUGGAAAAUCCCCAAAAGACCAUAAAACUAGAGAAGGCACAGCCUCACACGACUCCAGUUAAGCCUGUUGAAUCUUGUGAAGAUCUGGAUGACUCUGACAUGGCAUGUGAAGUUCCUGAUGUCACUUUGAGUGCUCUUAAUGCCUCUAAGCAAAAACCCUUUGGUCAGAGCUUUGUGUCGUCCAGUUAUGCAUCAUCGCAAGUCUAUGGGACUGUGGCUAAGCAACCUAUGCCUCUUCCAUAUGGAAAAUCUAUUGUGGAUAAGGGUUAUUCAAAGCCGGUACAAGAGAAGACCCCGCCUGUAACAGAUUAUCCCCAGGACGACUUGUCUGUAUUAACCACAUGUGAUUCUGACUAAACAUACAUUCACCGCUAAAAUGAACUGUAAAAUAAAUUGUAAUAGUCUUGAUUUAUAGGGGGUACUUCCUCUACCAUAAGAGGAGACCACGGCUCAUUCUCCAGCUUCUACACAAACUAUAAAUAUUGAGAAGGUCCCAGUCACGGCUAGCCCAGCCAUUGCUUCCAGCAAAAUGACUUGAUUUUGUUAUGUACUGCAGAUUUGUUUUAUGUUCGGAAACUGCUUUCGGCAUUUAAAUGUGUUCCAAUUUUUCCAUUGUUACCUUAUGCAAUUUGAUUUUAAAUUGUUGAUUGUGCAUCAAAUUCUUGGUCAAGCACAGUCCUUUUGGCUUGUAAUUUUUUUUAUUUUUGUCUGAGAAGGGCAUCUUUUCCAUUUCAGAUGUUUAGAAAGUGGUCUAAGCUAGAUAUGUCCCGGGACCAGAGAUUUACGUAAGUACGUUCUCUACUAGGAAAUGGCUCUGCAUGGGGCAAGCUUACCUUAAAUUUUCGAACUUGCUGUGUUGCAGUUCUGUAAUUAUUUGUUUUAGGAUCACUGUUCUAUAUGCAUACUUGUGUUUUAGAUGUUUUUAGGUUGAGUUCAUCCUGUGUUGCAUAAGUGUUCCUCAGGCAUCGUGGUAUCCUGCAGAAAACUAAGUCGAGUAAGACCACUGAUCCAACCAUGAAUAAUUCCAUACGUUGUUGCUGCCUUUUCGGAGAGAAACGCAUGCAGUGACCCAGUGCAGUUCAGCUGCAUGUUAAAAAGAGUGAAAGGAACACUAUACUGGUCACACACAUCCUGUGGUUGUAAUACAUUUCCUCUUAGCAGAAUUCGUUUUUGUUUUGUUUAAACACAGUGUAUGCUAACAAUUAUUUUUCAAUAAAAGGUGAUCAUAAAUAGUUAA